AUGAGCUGGUUUAGUCGGCAGCAAGCGGCGGGACUGCUAUUGGGACUGGGCCUUGACGACGACACGGGACUGUUCGACGAGAUUAUUACUGGUGUCUACGGCGAGUCUACUAAUCACACAUUGGUUAUAUGGCCGAAAAUUGUUAUCCAUGACCGCAAUGGCAAUCCUAGCUGGACCUUGGACCCGAAACCUGCUGCUACCAUGCUUCCAUGUGUAAGUGAUACGUCGGCUACGGAAGUGAAGCGGUUGGCGGACGGCAGUAAGAUUGCUGCCAUUAUCGGCAACGCAGCUGUUAUCGUCAGUCAUAAGCUGGAUGAAGUUGAUAAGGAGAUUACGUUCGGCCUCUGUACUGAAGGUGCCUAUGGAACGCCCACACACUUGAGAUGCUGCCCGACAACAACGUUGCCAUUGCUACCACCGGUCAUACGAGCUGGGUUGGGGUGCUAG